AUGCGAGUCCUGCUGCUCACUCACAACGUGGCCGGCAUCUUUGACGACCCCGACGAGGCGCUCCGGCCGUGGGCUGACGGCCUCGCGGCGCUCGUGCAGCGGACGCGCGCCGACUUCAUCGCGCUGCACAUGCAGGAGGUCGGCGGGUCGCGCUGGAGGACGUGCGGCCUCAAUGGGGCAGCGGCGGUGGCGGGAGCGGUGGAGGCGGCCCUGCCCGACCACUGGUCGAGCGGCAUGAUGGUCCGCACCGACACGGCGGAGGACGGCUUUACCGCGCUCGGCUCAAUCUAUCUGGUUCGGCGCUCUGCGAUGCAGCUGGUGCGGCUCUGGCGGUGGAAGGAGGCGGAGGGCGCCGCGGGGGCGUUCGAGAGCCUGCGUGCCGCCGACGGCCCGCUCGGGUACCUGCUCACGCGCUGGCAGCUCGGCGGCGGAGGCGGGGCGGUGCUCGACUUGGUCAACGUCCACAACUUUCACGACGAGAGCAACCUCGCCGCCCUGGCGGCAGGCGCCUCGACCUACGCGAGCUGCAGGCAGCAGGCGCUCUCCCUCGUCACCGCCGCCCUGCUCGGCUUGCGGGGCGGAGGGGCGGCGGGCGGAGGGGCGGCACCGGCACCGGCGAGCGCCGCGUUCCUCUUCGGCGACUUCAACUUCAGGAGCAGACCUCGCUCGCUGCCCGCACCCCUCCCAACGUCGGACCGCGAGCUCGCGCCUUUCUCCGCCUCGGCCGAGUGCGCCCUCCCCCUCGAGGAGCUCCCGCUCGCCUUCCCUCCCUCCUACGCCUACCGCGAGGGCAAGGGCGAUGGCACCCCGCCCGACGAGGCGGGCUGGUGCGACCUGCUCGCCUCCAAGCGCUGCCCGGCGUGGUGCGACCGCGUGCUGAUGGACCGCACCGGCGGAGCCCUCGUGGCCGCCUCCGCGGUGACGGCCGAGUACGGGCACGAGCCGCAGCCGCGCGUCCUCACCGACCACAACCAGGUCUACCUCGCCUUCAGCGUCGAGUCGAGGUGA